CACCAACAAACACACACAAACAGAGACACCUGUACACACACACAGACAUGUACAUACACACACACAGAUACACACACAGAAACAUGUACACACACUCACAAAGACAUGUACACACACAGGCACGUACAGACACGCAUACACACAGAUACAUGUACAUACACAGAAAUACACACGCACAGACACAUGUACAUACAUACACAGACACAUGUACACACUGACACAUAUACGCACAUACACACAAACACACACACACAUGUACAUGCACACACACAGACAGACACAUGUACACACACACAUACAUGUACAUACACACAUGUAUAUACACACAGGCACAUGUACAUGCACACACAAACACACACACAUGUACACGUACACACCCCCCCCAUAAAAAGUUGCACUACUUCGUUGUUCACUCACAGAGCCGGGUACUGCACUCUGGGGGGAGGCAGAGAGCACAGCACACACUCCUUCCUUUGCUUUUCACUGCGCUCAGCUAUUGAGCAGACUAAAGGCUCCCAGUGCCAAUGACAGAUCCGGCCUGAGCCCUGAGCCUGCUCAGCAAGACAGCCCUGGAGGACACACUCGCCCCCACCAUAAUUUCCACUCACAAUUGGCGAGCAGGCGAGUGGAAAUUUCAAGCCCUGUACUAA